GCAAUUAUGUUAUUAAUUUUUUGUGUUUCUUAAAUAUACUAUAAAAACUGACGACUAAAUUAAUGCAUAGAGCCGAGUGUCGGAUGUUUGGAAAUAAAUCUGUUUCCGUUCGAAGUUUAAUCAAACGUGUCUGGGAAAGAAAUUUGUAUUUAAAAAAAAUGAAAAAAAAAUUGUUUUGAUUGCUUAGGCGAUUAUUAUAAUCUAUCGCAUGGCUGUGUGUAUAUUUUAACUGGAUCGAUUCUAUAUUUAUAGAAAUUUAUAUUUCGAAUUAAAUUAUUAAAAAACAAACUUUGAACGAUAUGGUGGAAGUGAAAAGUGUUUGAAAAAAAAGACUGGAAAAUGUAGUGAAUCACUGAUUGGUAUUAAGAUCGCAUUUUGUGUGUGAUUUAAUAACCUUGGAGUGUGGAUUUUGAUUUUGAAGAAAAUUAAAAUGGAUUGCGAUGUGCCACAUAAAUCUGACAAUUUGGAAGCUGAUGAGUCCGAAGAGGAGGAAGAGGAGGCGGAACGGAAGGCUUUAAGGCCCAAGAAAAAUCUGUGGCUAAAAGCAAUGGACAACAUAAGUGACCGUAGCUUUAAAAAAUCCACCGACACUGUUUUCGACACUAAGGAAAAUGAGUGUGCAUCUAGUGGCAUUGACAACAGUGGAACGACUGCAGAUUUGGAUGAGGUGGAUUUACGCAACGGUACAAUAGCUGACUUUCAUCCAAGUGAGGAUCUGUCGAAAGAUUCCCGAAUACCAGAUGCUCAAUUCGACAGUGAACCGGUCGAGAUAAUUCACAAAUUUUCGCAAAACAAUUUCGAACCAAUUGAAGAUAUUAACAAGGAUAUCGAACGUAAUACAUCAUCGCAAACAGCUGUGAAUAUUGAUUUUGGCAAUAAAGAAGAUGGAAAACCACCACCGUUCAAUAAUGAAGCCUAUUCAGCAUUCAAGCGUGGCAAUGUCGUAAAAGGCAUACUUUGUCCGUCCCUUACGAACUCAUUUAAAGCUCGUUCAUUAGAAAGGUCGUACCUGACCUAUUCGCACCGUCAGCGGCAAAAAUCCCUAAUUAUAGUUAACAUAGUUGAUUUGGUGCUGAAGGCCAUAUUGUCGGUUGUAUGGGCAUGGCGGCGAUCCGAAACGACAACAUCAGCGGAAGCAAUAACUUGGUCGGUAUGUUGUAUGGUUGCUAAUCUAGGCAUAUGCAUUUUGGGACUGUGGAGAUGUUUUGCGAAUAAUUAUUUACAUUGGGCGGCAACAUGCACAUGGUUGUUACUUAAUUUACAAGGAUUUAUCGGUGAAGGUGUUGGAUUUUCCGACCGAGAGUACCUCGUCUGGUACGUUCUAUUCAUUGUGUUCGUUCCAUACGCUAUGCUACCAUUGCCGCUGAAGUGGUGCAUGAUUGCUGGCAUUGUAUCAGCAGCUUGCCAUUUAAUUGUUAUAAGCAUUGUAAAGUUUCAACGAACACACAGUGAGACGACGUGUGUAGCCCGUCAAUUAUUAGCGAAUUCGUUACUCUAUAUUGCUAUCAAUUUUGCCGGAAUGUACACUAAAUAUUUAACUGAUCGUGGACAGAGAUUGGCAUUUAUUGAAACCCAUAAAGCAAUGGAACAUAAAAAAGAUUCGGAAAAGGAAUACCAAAGGACGCAAAAACUAUUGGAUUCAAUUCUUCCAAUGUUUGUAAACAAUGACAUCCGAAAAGAAAUGUACAAAGGGGCCGAUGCAAAUGUUGACGCUCAGUUUAAAAAGCUUUUCAUCUACCACAUGGAAAAUGUCAGCAUUUUAUUUGCGGAUAUAAAGGGCUUUACUGAAUUGGCAAGCAAUACAUCAGCUCAAGAAUUGGUGAAAAUAUUGAACGAUCUGUUCGCACGCUUCGAUAAGAUAGCCGAGGACAACCACUGUCUGCGCAUUAAGCUAUUAGGUGACUGCUAUUACUGUGUAUCUAUGUUCGAUUCGCAUAGUUGGAAAUCUAGGCCAGACCAUGCUGUUUGCAGCGUAGAGACUGGUUUACAUAUGAUAAAAGCCAUUAAGGAUGUGAGACAUAACACACAUGUUGACUUGAACAUGAGAAUUGGCAUCCACAGUGGCUCAGUUAUGUGCGGAGUUCUUGGUGACAAAAAAUGGCAUUUUGAUGUCUGGUCGAACGAUGUUAUCAUUGCCAAUCAUAUGGAAUCGGGCGGCGUGCCGGGACGUGUUCAUAUAUCUGAAGCAACGUUAAAAUGCUUGAAUGACACCUACGAAGUUGAACCGGGCGAUGGCGGCAGUCGAGAUAAUCAUCUGAAAAUGAUGAACAUUCAAACGUUUCUCAUUAAACGUACCGAACCGCUGAGGCUAAGGAAGCGAUAUCAGCAACGAUUGAGCUUACUGCCGGACCAGCAACAAACGCAAAAAUUUUGUGAUCCAUCCGUCAACAACAAUAUUUCGAAUCAGAAUGCUGACACCGAAUCAGGGCGGUACCAAGCUAAUAAACGGGAAUCGAAGGGUAUAAUCCAUGAUGAUGAGACAACUACGGACUGGACGCCCGAAAUACCAUUCCGAAAUUUAAAUGAACCAGAAGACGGUUUAAAUCCGAACGAUUCCAUAAAAGUUGGCUAUGCAAAGCAAGAAGAUGUUGUUGCAAUGUCGGGAAUGUCGGCCACCGAAGAGGUGGAUGAAUUCAUCGACCAAAAUAUCCAAAUAAAUUCCAAUAAAAAAAUGCGACACGAGUAUCUGUACCCGAUUUCGCUGAAAUUCAAAGACAAUUCCCAGGAGUCCAAGUAUUGCCAAGUGCGUGAAGACAUGUUCCGUUCCAAUAUGCUGUGCGUUUAUGUUGUCUGGAUUUUUAUUGUUAUUUGCCAAGCAAUUAUUAUGCCCAAGUGUACGGCACUGGUGAUAUGUUUGGCUGUGUCGACGGUACUAUUAACAGCUGGCUGCAUCUUGGUUAUGGCCGAAGAGUUUAAAGGUCUACCAAAUGUACUCCAACGCAGUUCUGCGUCCCUAGUUCAUCAUCGGAAUCGUCGCACAAUGUUCAUUUGUUGUGUGAUCGUUCUCAUGUCAGCGGUCAGUGCAAUAGGCUUGCAACUUUGUCCAAUGGCUUCUACGAGCAACAAAUGUUCCAAUGAGAGUGAUACAACAACCAGCGUCUAUGCACUGCGACCGCAGCCCACAUUCCAAAGUUUGCUGGAAGAUACGAAGGCCGAUCCGGAUGUUCAAGUGAACGUUUACGUAUCCGCUAUCAUCAAUCAUAAUAACAUUACCAUCAAUUCGGAUAAAUCGAUUAGCAUUGACAUGAAGUCUGUUGAUAACGUUACUGCGACGAGUCAUAAUGGCGACGGGUGGCAAAAGCUACUGCCGAGUCAAUUUCAAUUUCUCCGAAAUUUGAUUGAUGAGAGCGUUAACGCCAGUCACGUUGGUGGUGAUACGGCGGAAGCGCUUCCAAGGAACGAGUUUUUACGAGCCAAUCAUAGUAUCGAACAAUUAGUAUCGAGUGGCAUUUUAGAGGAGAGUGACGACGCGCAUGUCGAUCCUUGUUCACAUCCGGAAUACAUUGUAUUCACUUGGGUCCUAUGUUUGAUCGCUCUUGCUACGGGACUCAAGCUUUAUUAUCUCGUCAAAACGUUCAUGGCCUUUGCAAUGGUUAUAUGUUAUGCCGUGCUGAUUUUGGCAGUAUUUCCCGAUGUUUUUGAGAAUUCAUUCUUGGAACAGGAAUAUCAAGAACAGGGCAUGCCGCUCGGAGCUCAGAUGACGAUAUUGUUGGUGAUUUUUUUGACAAUGGUUACAUAUCACGCUAGACUCGUCGAGGUUACUUCCCGAUUGGAUUUUAUUUGGAAGGAGCAGGCCGAGAAGGAGCUUGCCAACAUGAAAUCGAAUCGUUUCUUGAACGAUGUUUUAAUAAAGAACAUACUACCCGAUCACGUGGCCAGUUACUAUCUAUCCGAAGGACGGUCAGACGAACUGUAUGCCAAGAUGCACAAAAUGUGCGGCGUUAUGUUCGCUUCGAUACCCAAUUUUCAGGACUUUUAUUCGGAGGACAUUGAAAACGGAAAGGCCUGCAUUCGGAUACUGAACGAAAUUAUUUGCGAUUUUGAUUCGCUAAUGGAGGAGCCAAGAUUUUGUAAUGUGGAAAAAAUUAAAACGGUUGGCGCUACGUACAUGGCUGCGGCUGGUCUUAAUCCCAGGCAUCAGCAUGAACGAGGCAAUACUGAUGAUGAUAAUGUCUGUGAUUUGGUUGAAUUUGCAAUAACUCUUCGUCAGAAAUUACAAGAAGUCAACAAAGAUGCGUUCAAUACGUUUCAGUUACGUGUUGGAAUUAGCAGCGGACCGCUGGUUAGUGGAGUGAUUGGUGCAAGGAAGCCGAUUUUCGACAUAUGGGGCAACACGGUAAACGUAGCGUCUCGAAUGGAUUCAACCGGUGAAAAUUGGAAAAUACAAGUUCCUGAUUACACAGCUCAGUUACUAAUGAGCAAAGGAUACACUUGUGUUAAACGCGGUGAAAUAAGCGUCAAAGGCAAAGGACUGAUGAACACAUUCUGGGUAUUAGGCAAAGGAAUUUCACCGAGCCAACUCGUCGGCUCUGGACCGAUACAAGCUGGUGUUCCACAGGCACAAACGCCGUCGCUCCAGAGGCAAACGUCCCAUCACAGUUCGUUGGCUGCUGUUGUGUUCGGUAUGAUGCAGGCAUCGAAACGUACCACCAUCAAUACAACACGCUGGGGACGCGCAAAGAGAUUAACAUUAACUUCCAUACUUGCCCAACGCAACUCCGUCACCGAAACGGUUCGAUGGCCGGAGGGGGAGCACGUUCAGCUCAAUGCGACUGUCUCAGAGAGUUCCUUCUAAUCCGCCGCGAAGGAAUACGACACGGGCCAGGGGCUACAAGAGAGAUAAAAAUUCCAUAAUGAAUAUGGCGACCGAAGCACCAACAAUAUCAACAAAUAACCGAAAUACGGUACCAAAUUUUACCACUAUAGACGUGAAUGGGAAGAGCCAAAAUACAUUUUUUUAAGAAGAGAAAAAAUAAAUAAAAUUUGAUGAACACCAUUCGAGGAGACAGAAAGGAAUUUGCUUUAAUUUAUUGUACUUUUUCUUAGGCUAAGUGGAAUAUUGAGUGUAAUUUAAUUAACUAAGUAUUUAAUGUGUGUCCAAAUAAAUAAAAUACAAAACAAAAAUCUAGCAACUUAA